AUGGCCAAGAUUCUACAGGUAUGCAAAUUAAUGGUUUGGGAUGAAUGCACAGUGGCCCAUAAGAGGUCACUGGAGGCGCUGGAGAGAACAUUGAAAGAUCUUCGUGACAAACAAAAUAUUUUUGGUGGGGCAAUGAUUCUGUUGUCAGGUGCUUUUCGUCAGACCUUUCCAGUUAUUCCCCGAUCAACUGUUGCUGAUGAACUAAAUGCAUGCCUAAAAUCAUCGAAUUUGUGGCAGUACGUAGUAGACACUCCACUUAACAUGCGAGUGUUUUUGCAACAUAAUGAAACCGCAAAUGUGUUUGCCAAGCAGUUGUUAGAUAUUGGAAAUAAUAAAGUUGCAAUGGACAACUCGACCGGAUUCAUCACAUUACCAACAGAUUUCUGUCACAUCAAAGAUUCAAAAGAGGAGCUUAUUCAGCGGUUUUUCGAAGAUAUAGUGCAAAAGUUCAAAACCAUAAUAUUCGCAAUAUUGGUAGCGAAAAAUAAAAAUGUCGAUGAUCUCAAUGCGACCAUUCAGAAUUUUCUUCCAGGACAGUUGGUUUACUUCAAAACAGUCGAUACCGUUAUGAACUAG